AAAAAAAUUUAAAAGUCAGGACUCAGGACUCAGGACUCAGGAGGGUUAAAAAUUUUUAGAAGAAGAGGAAGGAGGAAUGCGUAUGCGCGUUUGGGUACUAAUUCUUCUCUGCAACUUCCUUCCUCUUUCCUUUUCUUCCACCAAAACCAUCCCAAAGGUAAAAUUGCCAGCAGGCAUCUCUAUGUUUCCCAAAUCUCCCUUCUGUUGUUGGAUUUGGUCUUGCUGAAGGAACUUUCUCUGUUGGUGGGCUUGAUCUCUGAAGCUGUGAUUUCUAUUGAUUUUUCCUUGCUUUCGCAUCUACCUCGCGAACAAUCCUCUGUUCUUGGUUGCAAAGAGGGAGAGAUGGGUGAUGCUCCAGUGGCCAGGUACUGGUGUCACAUGUGCUCUCAACUGGUGAACCCAGUCAUGGAAGUAGAAAUCAAAUGCCCUUUCUGCGAGAGUGGGUUUGUGGAAGAAAUGGAUAGCUUUAGGGAGCAGGACAAUGACAAUGAUCUAGGAUCUGAUCGAGCUCUUUCUCUUUGGGCUCCAAUCUUGCUUGGGAUGAUGGGUGGUACUCGCCGCCGAAGAUUCAGAAGAGAGGAAGACGGUGAUGAAGAGGCCCAGCAGGGUGGGUCUGAACAAGAACGAGAGCUUGAAUCUUUUCUUCGAAGGAGAAGAAGACAUUCGGCUGCAAUCUCAGCUGCCUUGUUUAAUUUGCUCCAAAGCCUCCGUGCUUCUGGUAUCGCAUCUGAAAUGGAGAAUUCUGAGAGUGAUAGAGAGAGAGAUCCUGUCAUCCUGGUCAAUCCUUUUAAUCAGGCCAUAAUUCUUCAAGGCUUGUUUGAUACCAACCAGAAUGAAAACCAGGGACAAAAUGCCCCCAGCUCCUUGGGUGAUUACUUCCUCGGAUCCAGUCUGGAUCUCUUGUUGCAGCAUUUGGCAGAGAAUGAUCCCAACAGAUAUGGGACCCCACCGGCACAGAAAGAGGCAGUGGAAGCAAUGCCCACUGUAAAAAUCACAGAGAACUUGCAGUGCUCAGUGUGUUUGGAUGACUUAGAAAUUGGGACAGAAGCAAAGGAGAUGCCCUGCAAGCACAAAUUCCAUAGUGGGUGUAUUCUUCCUUGGUUGAAACUUCAUAGUUCUUGUCCAAUUUGUAGGUUUCGAAUUCCUGCUGAUGAAUCUAAGCUUGCUUCAGAUGGGUCUGGCAAUAGUGAGAAUAGGGGUGAAAACAGUAGUGGUGUCGGUCCCCGUGGCGGAGAAGGAAGUGAAGAAGGGGGGAAUGGAAAUGGAAGAAGGUUUUGGGUUCCUAUUCCAUGGCCUUUUAAUGGGUUAUUUUCUAUGUCAGGAUCCCAGAAUGAUGGCAAUUCUUCCUCACAAUCAUCUUCUUCAGCAUCAGCAGGAAAUGCUUCUCAUACGGAUGACAACUGAAGACAUCUAUGUAGUCUUCCAUUUCCUUCCUCUUUUAAGUUGUUGGAUUUUCUGGUGGUUUCUUCCCUUUCCUUCUGUACAUAGUCCUUUCUUGGAUAAGCUGAAUAUAUGUUCACUUCAUCUAUUUUCUAUAGAACUUAGUGCCUUGUUUGAAAAUCCCUGAAAUUGUUUGCUUUCUUA